GGUACAAUAUAACCCAUGCACCAGUCCCCAGCUCACACUGGCUUUCACUCACUCAUGGAGGACUCACUGUAUAAUAAUGAAGUGAUCAACCUCACUUCAUUCCGAGGCCAAUACUCUGUCUCUCCAGCACUCAAUGGUGGAGACACCCGGCGGUACACUAUAGAGGAAAACGGUGGAUAUGACCUGAAUGGAGUGACCCCACGUAGCUCUACUGUGCUGUCUGGAUAUGAUACAAUAGAUUCUCCUCCUAGUUAUGACUUUUAUGCCAACACAGAGGUUUUUGGGAGAACAAAAAAAUUAAGACCAUCUCUCUUUCAGCUACACUCCAACCAUGAGGAAGAUAGCUCCCCACCUCCUCUGUAUGAGGAGACGAGUGGUAACAAAGAGAGUCCUGAUGAAGAGACAGCAGAACCUCCUCCUGAGCCCACUCGCUUUGGAUGGGUACAGGGGGUCAUGGUUCGUUGUAUGCUCAACAUCUGGGGAGUGAUUCUGUACCUGAGGCUUCCCUGGAUCACAUCACAAGCUGGAAUUGGUUUGACAUGGGUCAUUAUCCUGCUUUCCUCCUGCAUCACUGGGAUCACUGGCCUCUCUACCUCCGCCAUCGCUACCAAUGGCAAAGUCAAAGGAGGUGGUACAUAUUUCCUAAUCUCACGCAGUUUGGGUCCAGAGCUGGGAGGAUCUAUUGGACUAAUCUUUGCCUUUGCUAAUGCAGUAGCUGUGGCUAUGCACACCGUAGGCUUUGCUGAGACUGUUCAAGCACUAAUGCAGGAGAGUGGUACAAGCAUGGUAGACCCCCUCAAUGACAUCCGCAUCAUUGGUGUAAUCACUGUCACCUGUCUGCUAGCAAUUUCAUUAGCUGGUAUGGAGUGGGAGUCCAAGGCCCAGGUUUUGUUCUUCAUGGUUAUCAUGGUUUCCUUCGCAAACUACAUUGUUGGUACCAUCAUCCCUGCCACUCCUCAGAAACAAGCUAAAGGCUUCUACAGCUACAGAGCGGAUAUUUUUGCAACUAAUUUUGUGCCCAGCUGGCGUGGGCCAGAAGGCAGCUUCUUUGGCAUGUUCUCCAUCUUCUUUCCCUCAGCCACAGGCAUUCUUGCAGGAGCCAAUAUUUCUGGAGAUCUGAAGGACCCAAAUGUAGCUAUACCCCGUGGCACAAUGCUGGCUAUUUUCUGGACCACCAUGUCUUAUCUCAUCAUCUCUGCUACCAUUGGCUCAUGUGUAGUGCGUGAUGCUUCUGGUAAUCUCAAUGACACUCUUCUAAUCAGUGGGCCAGAUGUUACAGACUGCGUGGGGAUUGCCUGUAAAUAUGGCUGGAACUUCAGCGACUGCAUUGCCAACAAUACCUGCACUUAUGGCCUUAGCAAUAACUACCAAACCAUGAGUAUGGUGUCUGGAUUUGCACCCCUGAUUGCAGCAGGUAUAUUUGGAGCUACUUUGUCCUCUGCUCUAGCUUGCCUGGUUUCAGCCCCCAAAGUAUUUCAGUGUCUUUGCAAGGACCAGUUGUAUCCAGGGAUAGGUUUUUUUGGAAAGGGCUAUGGAAAGAAUGAUGAGCCAUACAGGAGCUACCUCCUAACCUACAUCAUCGCUGUAUGCUUCAUUCUCAUUGCUGAGCUAAACACUAUUGCUCCAAUCAUCUCCAACUUUUUCCUGUGCUCCUACGCUCUCAUCAACUUCAGCUGUUUCCAUGCCUCCAUCACCAACUCUCCAGGUUGGCGUCCCUCAUUUCGGUUCUACAGUAAGUGGGCGUCUCUGGUGGGUGCUGUGGUGUCAGUGAUCAUCAUGUUCUUGCUCACCUGGUGGGCUGCUCUAAUUGCCAUUGGGAUAGUGUUCUUCCUACUGGGAUAUGUGCUCUACAAGAAGCCCUCUGUAAAUUGGGGUUCCUCUGUGCAGGCGGGCUCAUAUAACAUGGCACUGUCCUACUGUGUGGGUCUCAACCAUGUAGAUGACCACAUAAAGAAUUACAGGCCACAGUGUCUGGUUCUUACUGGGCCUCCCAGUUUGCGUCCAGCUCUGGUGGACUUUGUAGGUACCUUCACCAAGAACCAGAGUCUGAUGAUGUGUGGAAAUGUCUCUGUAGGAAGUCCAUCACCCGAUGCUCUGGAUGCCGCCAACAGCAGCAGUCAUGUGGCAUGGCUCAACAAGCGAGGCAUCAAAUCUUUCUAUCGUGGAGUAGUUGCUGAUAACCUGCGCUCUGGAGCACAGAUAUUGCUGCAGGGUGCAGGUCUGGGUCGCAUUCGACCAAAUGUCUUGAUAAUGGGAUUUAAGAAGAACUGGCGCAAAUGUCCACCAACUACUAUUGAUAAUUACAUAGGCAUUUUACACGAUUCCUUUGACCUGCAAUAUGGCGUAUGUGUCCUUCGGAUGAAAGAAGGACUUGAUUUAUCUCAUCAGAUGCAAGCACAUGUAAACCUAGGAUUUGAGGCAGCUGCAGAGCCCGGGCUUGAUGCAAGACCUUCUAUGAACACACUGGACCCAGAAUCGAUGUUGGCUACUCCUCAACCCACCACUGUGUUUCAGUCCAAACAGGAAAAGAAGACCAUUGAUGUGUACUGGCUGUUUGAUGAUGGAGGUCUGACUCUAUUGUUGCCCUACCUUCUGAAGCGGAAGAAGCGCUGGGGCAGGUGUAAAGUAAGAGUGUUCGUUGGAGGUGAAAUUCAACAUGUUGAGGAACAAAAGCAAGAGCUCACAGCUCUCAUCAGCAAGUUUCGCCUCGGCUUCCACGAGAUCCACGUUCUUCCCGACAUCAAUGAGAAACCACAACCAGAACAUGUUAAAAAAUUUGAGGACCUUCUAGCACCUUAUAGGGCACAUGCUAUCCAAAAGAAUGAGGAAGGAGGGGGUCAGCCAACCAGCAACUGCCCAUGGAUAGUGUCAGAUGAGGUAGUGGAGAAAAAUACAGCGAAGUCCUUAAGACAGAUCCGUAUUAAUGAAAUCCUACAAGACUAUUCCAGGGAUGCAUCUUUGAUUAUUGUAACCUUGCCCAUAGGUCGGAGAGGAGCAUGUCCUAGUGCUCUUUACAUGGCCUGGCUGGAAACAGUAUCACGUGACCUGCGACCUCCGGUGCUGCUUGUCAGAGGCAACCAAGAGAGUGUACUCACUUUCUAUUGCCAGUGAUCAACCACCAAAAAAAGAUUAGCAUCAUCAGCUAUCCUAAAAAUGGUGUAAAAGACUUAGUAUGCACGUAGCACUUGAAUCUAGUCUUGGUUUUAAUGGGGUUUUAUCAACCAUGUGAAUUAGCAUGUUUAAGUUAUUCUAUGUCUGAUCCAUGUAUUGUCUAUUUGUGACAUUCUAUCUGUGACAUUUAUUGAACUUACUGUGUUUAACUCAUAGAUUUCCUAAAUCAGCUGUAAUUUCAUUGAAAUCAUUUCCCUGUUGAAAAAUCCACCUUGGUCUGAACAGCUACCAACAGCAACGCCACAAGGUUGAGCUUUUCAUGCUGAUAGAUCUGGUUAGUCAGCUGGCAAGGGAGCAAUUUCUGAAUUACAACUACUAAUGCUACAUCAUAGACAAGGUAUUUUUAAUAAAAUAACAACAUUAGGUGCCACAGCAGUAUAGAAAGUAGUUUUGCCGGUCUCAUAGCUCCAGGAUCUGGUUUGUAAGCAUGGGAGACUCUCUGUCUGGAGUUUUGCCUGAUCUUCCUCAGAUUUCAUCCCACAGUAAUCAUGGGUAGUCUAGUGUGUGAAUGUUUGUAUGAAUAGAUCCCUACAAUGAAACCCCACCCAAUGUUCCUGGGAUAGGCUCCAAAUCUACUGUGGUGACCCUGAUUCAGCAGUUACUGAGAAUGAAUUAACUAAUGAAUGGCUAGAGGGCCUUGAGGUCCAAUAUUGUAUCUUAAAGGUACACAUGAUAGAAAGAUACAAAACAAGUUUGGUACUUUUUUUGGUAUUUUAUUAAUGAGAGUGUAGAAAACAUGUACAGUGCAGAAAACUUUCAGAAUAGAUAAACACUUUCAGUGUCGUUCAACUUUGGCUCUAUUAUCAUGUGCUGGAUGAUAAUACAAAUGUACAAUGUGUGCAUUACAUUUUACAUCUCUGGCAUUUGGCAGAUGCUCUUAUCCAGAGCUACCUACAAAAGUGCUUUGAAGUCUCUAUCAAUGAAUACAUUAACACUGGUUCAAUAGGUCACAGACUUAGGAUACCCUAAAAUCUGUGCUCGGAGGAGAAAACAUAAAACAAAAAAGGAAAGUAAGGGCUAGUUUAAGUGUUUCAGGAGUGUUUAUGCAUGGUGCUCUGUGAUGGACUGGCAUGAAUGAAUAAGUGAAUGACUGAAUGAAUGAAUGAAUGAAUUAAUUGAUGGAUGACUGAAUGAAUGGAUGAAUGAAAGAACCCAAGUAUAUGGCUAUGAGAAAAUCUCACAUUAUAUUGAUCAAUUUACACAAGGAACAAUGAAGCUGGGAAAGCUAGCAGCUGGCAAAAAUGGUCUAUCAGUUCAGUUUGUUUUAGUAGUUUGUCAGAUAAAGCUGGAUUUUUCCAUCAUCCCCCCACCACCACACACACAUGUAAUAACUACACUAAUCAGACUUUCUGCUGAUUGAUAUUAUACUAUAAACGUUUAAUUAUUUAAGUGUAUAAGCCUUGUUGUGUUCUAUUUAUUGCUAUUUUUAACUAAAUAAACAGAUAAGUUGA